AUGAUGAGGAAUUGGAGAGCAGCUCUCGCGCCUGGAUUACUCGACCCUCAGCCCAAGAAACCAGGACAUAGGAGACCUGUUCCCGAACUGUACUACAAGCGCUACUCGGAACAGACAUUCAUCGGAACGCACAAUGCAGCUGCUGUGCGAACCAAAGAAAAUGGCUACUCGCUAUCCGGAAACCAAUACUUUAAUGUCUCCGCACAGCUCAACGCAGGAGUGAGACUGAUUCAAGCCCAAGGCCAUCGAGAUCCCCAAGGCUCGAACGAAAUCCGCCUGUGCCACUUCAAUUGCGCCCUAAUGGAUGGCGGCACUCUAACAUCUCAUCUCCUGGCAAUCCGAGACUUUCUCGAAGCGAAUCCACAAGAAAUCGUAACGCUGCUAUUCGUCAAUACAGGUCCGCCGCUCCAGCACUGGGCUCAAGCAUAUUUCGACACGGGACUCGAUACCAUAUCUUUCAUUGCGCCUCGCGAGAAACGCGAUAGAAAAAUGCGUACGGGGGAUUGGCCGAGUAUAGCAGAGCUUGUCGCUACGAAUAAGAGAUUGAUUACUUUUCUUUCGAAUGGUGCAGAUGAGGAUGUUGUACCUUUUUUGCUAUUGGAGUUCAAUUAUCUCUUUGAGACGAAUUUCGUGAAUGAGAAUCCGGAUCAGUAUACGUGUGAUGCGUCAAGACCGUGGUAUCAACGGAAUUAUGUUCCCGAUAUGCUGAGUUUGGUCAAUCACUUUCUCUAUGCGAAUUUUCUGGGUUUCAGGUAUCCAAAUGCUAGUUUUGCGGAUACGACUAAUGGAGCGGGGUUUCAUGUGGGAGAGCUGGGUGAGCAUGCGGCGAGAUGUCGAGGAAUGUAUAAUCGAAGGCCGAAUUUUCUUCUGGUGGAUUUUUUUAAUCAGGGGGAUGUGUUUGAUGUAGAAUAUGGGAUGAAUGCUAAUUGA